AUGAGAAAAAGCGAAUAGUUCGCAUACAAAAAGUAACAGUAAGAAUCUAGAAAUACUAAGAUACUCAUUUUUGUGUCUUUGUUGGCAUUCGCUGGCAUCUUUGCUACAUCUAGCCAAAAUGGGGAUUAGAUUUAGGAACAACCUGCUUCCUAACAGUCAACUCACCUUAACCAUCACCAGGAGGAAUAACUCGGUAAAUUCAGUCAAAAGAAAGAUGGUUCGGGCAAUCCUGAUGAAAACCUUUUUUCUAGUGUCAAUUAUCAAACAUCCUGCAUUGCAAUCAGUGUCCUUACAAUGCUACUAGCUGUUAAAAGAGUGAUUCAACAGAGAGAAGCUGAUUUCAGAAUUAAUUAUCAUAUUGAGUAGGUUACCAAGGACCAAUUCGAUGAGUAAAAGGACAUCACAACAAAGGUUGAACUAGAGAGGCUCAAGAAAUCAGAUUAAUAUCAAAGAAUGCAAUAGCAAAAAGGCGCUAACAAAGAAAAUUGGAACUGGUAAACUAAAGAAAAGACCUCAAUCAAGCUAGGAGGAUCCCCCAGAAAACAUUUGAAAUCCAUUGAUGAUGAUCAAAAUAAUGGUCUCGAGAGAGCGAUUCUCGAAAUAGAUCAUGAACUUAAGGAGGAGAAAGCCCUCUAUGAUAUAACAUCUACUUAUCAUAAGAAGAGCAGAGGCAGCAGUAUUGGAAAGUCAGCCAAAACACAAGACACUGAUGCCAAAAUUUUGUAUGAGCAAGAGAACUAUUGA